AUGACAAAGACAAAAGUUGAGGCCAAUCCUGCGUCUUAUGCACGCUCAUCCCAUCACGGACGGGACGGGCAAGAAAAAGACUGUGGAGACGGGAGCAGCCACCCGCAGUCAAGACAAAUCCUGGCGAAUGUGCAACAGAUUAGUUCAAAAGAACCUCAAGCGAGCGCUUUCUCCAAAACCAACCCUGGACCAUCGCAGAGCAAAUCUAAAGAGGCUCAUUCAAAGGAAUCCAAGCGCGGCUCGUCUGGCACGCCAAACAUGCACCGCGCACAAAAAGAUGGGCACAAGGAGAUGAAACCAGAGCCUAGAAAACGCCCAGAAAAACCCAAUCAGUCACCAUGCCGAUUGAAUCGCAGUAGUGAAUCGUCUGGGAUAAGAAAACUAUCGGAUGCAAGCAUCACAUCCGAUGAUUUGAGUAAAGACUCCGGCUGUGCUACAGGGAAACCGUCUUCCACGGACAGCAGCUCUGAGAUCUCGGACGCAUCGGACGAGCACAAGCAUUCCACUAAUGCCCAAUUUGGUGAGCCAGAGUCCAGUCACAGGGGAGCCGACGAAGAGAGGAUGGGCGAUUCAACUGAGCAAAUAUCCGAUCGUAGAGAUGAAGAUGGUGUGAUCGGUGCCACGUUGUCCCCCGGGCUUGGCUUUGGAGAGGGAAGCAUCUCUCCUGGAGACCAGAGGUCAUACGCGUCCUUUGACAGUCGCGUGAACAUCAGCGCGUUUGCAGACUUUUCUGAUGGGAUGCACGAGGAUCUGUUGAGAGAGAUUGACGACUUAAGAUCGGAAAAUGAAUAUUUAAAGGAUGAGAUGGUAGAGCUCCGCUCAGAGAUGCUGGAGAUGAGGGACGUGUACAUGGAGGAGGAUGCGUACCAGCUGCAGGAACUCAGGCAGCAGCUGGAACAAGCCAACAAGGCCUGCCGCAUCCUUCAGUACCGCCUCAGGAAAGCAGAGAGACGCAGCCUUCGAGUAGCCCAGACAGGGCAGGUGGAUGGGGAGCUUAUCAGGACGCUAGAACAUGAUAUUAGGGUGGCAAAAAGUGUCUCCCUUCGUCUGCACAGUGAGCUAGAGAGCAUUCAAAAGAAAAAUUCUCGACUGGAGUGGGAAAAUGAGGAGCUGCGUGAACGGCUACAGGAUUUGGAGGUGGCCAAACAGGUCCUGCAGGCAGAGAUGGAUAAAUCACGUGAGAAUUCUUUAAAGAGGAGAAGUUUGAGAUCAACUUCCAGCAAAAGCGAAAAGAAGUUCUCUCCACAGGAUGACAGUGCUGAUUUGAAAUGCCAGCUCCACUUUGCCAAAGAAGAGUCUGCGCUCAUGUGCAAGAAGCUGACCAAGAUGGCCAUGGAGAGUGAGACAAUUCGGGAGGAGCUUGCCAAAUAUCGUCUGCUAUAUGGUGAGGUGGAUGAAACCCAGGUUGCAGCAGGCACUAUCAACUCUUCCCACACCCGAGAAGCAGAGGUCAAGGUUCACUUACGUCUGGUUGAGGAAGAAGCCACACUGCUGAGUCGAAGAAUUGUGGAGCUAGAGGUGGAGAACCGUGGGCUGCGGGCAGAGAUGAGUGAACUACGAGAGAGAGGAGGAAACCUGGAGGAAGAAGAGUCCAUGAAGGGAGCAAGCGAAGGAUUAGGAGAGCAGUGGGAGAUUGAACUGCCGCUUAGAGGUGGACAUCUGGAGAAAGCAGAAGGUGUGGCUACACAAACUAAUAUUCAGGUGAAUCAAACCCAUUUAGAGGAAGGACAUUCACAGAACUCUUCUAUCAGCCACAUGCACAGAGAGAGGCCAGUAGAUAGGGACAGUGACCCAACAGUAGAGCAGAAGAUGUCCUCUCACAGUGGGGAGGAAGAAGUAAAAGCAAAGCCUGAAUGUACACUUGGCGUGAUGGACCUAGAGGGUCUACUGGCCAUACACGACCAGGCAAUGCUUGUUAGAUCAACCAUUCAGUUCCUGACAGGCCUGGCAAAAAAUGGCUUCUCACCUACAUUUACCCAUAAGACCACACCCGAUGCCCUCUACCUAAGCAAAACAGAGAUGGAUCCUCAGUGCAAGACAAAUCAUAGGCUUUUGAACCCCAUGUUGAGUCCCUUAACCAAUGGACUAGAGGUGCUACAGGCCCAGUGGCAUGCUCUUGUAGAAAAGUUGGAGGUACUGUCAAACUUCGCCUCAGAACGCCCUGAACCUGAUCUAGAAAAGACUUUAAACUGUGCAAUUGAGAAUCAAGCAAAACUGGAACGUCCAGGUGAAGGAAAUACUGUUCAUCCCAGAAUUCCUCUCAGUAAUGAAGGAUGUAAUCAGGAUAGCCUAGUGGUGCUCACUGUGCAACUCCAAUGUUUCCUUCAGCAGUGGCGGCAGGGAGAGAGACCCACAGGAGAUGGAAAGAACCUGUCUGAGAUGUACUGUCAGAAUGAUCCUUAUCUUCUAAUGGAUGCAGAGUCACAGGGAUGCAAGUACAACCCUCAAGAGGUGAGCAGUACCCUGCUUUCGGACCUGAGGGCAGCACUACAGGCUCUGUUCUCUGAACUUUAUGAGGAGCACAGGGCCGCCCAAUAUGUCAUUCGGCAGUUUGCAAACGGCAAAGCAGCGUGGGCUGUGGAAUGUGCAGAGCUGAAGAGCCUCAUAAGCAGGCUGGAAGGUCCAGCAGGGAAGGUAGGAGUUAAGGGUCCAUCAGACCUGAAUAUGGCUUUACAAAAAGACCAUAUCAAAAAGCUUCAGCAUCUGUUAGCAGAGUCCUACGCUGCAGUCAUGGACCUGACACGGCAACUGAAGAUCCGAGAGAACACCUGGAGUUCUGAGAGGCAGGAACUCAUAGAACACCUGAACCAUGUGAGAUUGCAGUGCAAAUGUUCCAAGACAGCUAAGCAAAAUGAAAAAGAGCAGAUGAUGGAAACAGAUGGAAAAAAGGAAAGAUUUCCCAAUAGAACAGCAGUCAAAACUGGCACAGAAAAAUCCAACAAAAACUGGAAGUACCUCAGUCGAGAGGCUGCCCUUGUGGACAGAGAAGACCCUUGUAAGACCUGGGACUGCCCUAUCAUGCCUCCCAGUUUCCCUGGUCUGAACCUAAACCACAAAUCAACUCAAAGAAGCCACACUGCACCAGAGAGGACCAGCAUUCGGAUAUAUUACAGCCCUCCAUCAUCAAAAAGGAUCCAGCUGGGCUCUGUGAUAGGAGACGAGAAGGAAGAAUGUGAGGAGAGCCAGGAACCACAUUUCAGUGCUGUUUUUUCUGGACUUGUAAAGCACGAUUGGGUCACAGCGUAUGAAAACUGGCUGGGCAGCCUUCCGUUUGACUGCCAAAGUUUAAUGGAGAGAGAUUCGAUGGCUGUCAUCAGCUCUACAUCCUCUUCUGUUAUUCAAACCUCUGUUGCAUCCCCAUCUCACUUGGCUUUAAAUAACUUGGAUGUCUCAGCCAACUUGAGUGAUGACAUGAAGGAAAUUACUGCAAGUGUGCUGCAAACUUCCCAAUCCAUGGAGGGUAAAAGAGUAAGAGAUUCUAUUAGCAGUGUGCUGCAUGUUAGUACAGGCACUCAAACUCACUCCCAGCCACAAGUUACCACAGUUGGGCUACAGACGGAAUGUCCAAAAAGUCUUUACACUACAAAGCACUGGUCACCCCGGGUGACCUCAUUUGUAUCCGCAAGAACACCACAGAUAUCAAAUUCUUUGGAAAGAGUACCUGGUCCAGCAGAGCGGCUUCAGCCAAUCACAACCUCUCCAAAAAUACAACGCAGACACUCUGCUUCCUCUCCUUUUCCCUCUAAGUCUUCCUCUUCCACUUCCCCCUCCUCUUCCUCUUUCACCACCUCCUCUUUGUCCUCAUCCUCCUCAUUGAGCUCCUCCUCCAGGCUGGAAUAUGGAACUAAGGAACGUGGUCCGUGGGGCCUGUCAUCACGUGGUUCCCCAGGUUCUGCCUUGGCUCGUUCCACAAGUAGCAGACCGAGCUCAGUAUCAGUGCAGGCCAGUGAUAAACCUUGCAGCCGGAAAAAUGUAGGGAUCCACAAGUACGGUCUGGUCCAGGAGUUUCUGCGCAAUGUGUGUGGUCGGGGAGAGAAGAUCAACGCUGAUGUAGAGAAAGCACCAACAGUGCGAAGAAAUCACAUGGGUCUGGUGGGUUCAAAGAAAUCAGAGCCCCCAUCUCGUAUACCAGCGGUGCCACUUGUCAGAAAUGACAGCAUCACCAAGAUUGUUAACCGGAGAUUUAUUAAACAAGGCCAAAAAGAAGAGGGAGUGUGCAGUCAUAGCCAGACCCAAACCCAGAGCCAAAUCAACAGGGGUUCAGUUAGCAAGAACAAGAUCCUGGAGGACGGAGCCUGUGACUGCAGUUCACGCUCCCUGACCUCCUGCUUUGCCCGACCUUCAAACAAAAACCAUCGGCAUGUUCACCGUCAGAGUAAGCCCCAUCCACAUGUAUGCCCCUCAGCUGGUGUGAAAGGGGAUCCUCUUGCACAAUAAGAGGCGGAGUCAUCAUAUGCACUGACACCAUGGCACAGCUGCCCACAUACAUAGGGACACUAAAGUAUACAUGGAAUCUUUGACCACAAAACUUUGCAAAAGCUCGGCAAAUUUUGUAGAGUUCUACACAGCCCAGUUCCUUGUCUGAUUGCUUAUUAAAUAUUGUUACUAAAUAUAUUGAAUUAUGUUACAAUAAGUCUCGCAAUUCCAUUUAACAUGUUUUCCAUGUACCAUUUAUUCCAUAGUAAGUCAGCAGAUUUAAUCCUAAAAUCUGCAAUAAAAUAUUACAAAAGAGCCCCACCAUUAAUGAUAUUAAUUGAUAAUUAAUUAUAUAAUACUAAUAUUAAUUGAAUUAAUAUAUUAAUGUAGAAUUUUGAUAAAUAAAAAAUAGGGCUUGUACAGAAUCAAUGGUGCUGUUAUUGUUUAGACAGUCUUUAGACCAUCCCUUCAGUCCGUUGAUAACACAAUGUGAUUUGUCAUAACUUUUAUUUUUAAUGACAUACUUGAAACACAUUUUUUAUUAUUAUUAUUAUUUGUACUUUAAUUUAGGAAACAAAAAAAAAUCAAGCAACAUUUCUUAUCUAAGAAAAAUAUUUCUGUGAUAUGAUAAUGUUUUAUGCAUAGCAGAAUGUGUAUAGGAAACUGAUUAUAUUUAGAUGCCUUAUAACUGUAACCUGUUUUUCAUAGCUAUCUUAAUGUAAACAUUUCUGUCAUGUAGAUGCAAACAACAGCAAGGGCCAAGCACCUUAAACAGAGAUUAAUAAAUUUUUGAAUUGUAAUUGUUUGAUUUGUAACACUUAGACAUGUCACCUCCAUAAUGAUGUUUCAGGCUUCA